AUGAACCGCCCUUCUCGCAAUGACGAUGGCGACCUCCAUCAUCCCUUUUGGAACCAACAGCCCCAUUACCUGGCUGCUGACUUGACCACCCGUCAGGACCUCAAUGGAAUUGCCAAUUCUCGGACGCACAGGACUGGAUCUCAAGGCAGUGAGGUCGGCGUCUGCGCAUUGAAUCAUCACCCAGGCGGCGGCAUAAGACAGCAUGAAUCGGACCGCAGACCAGUUCCCCCGGAGAAGAAUAAUAAUUCUGCGGGGCGGUGGUCUUUUGCCGGUGGUGAAGACCGUGCCUGCCGAACCCGGAGCUCCGUGGCCCCACUCCUCCGCAGUGCCGCUUCGGCGGUCCCGGGGUGGGUCACUUGGGUUCUCUCCGUCGCCGUUACCUCGUUGAUCAUGUCCACCAUCAUGACAAGACAACAGCACGGUAACGAUCGACAUGUCCAAGUUGAUGCGUCAUCUCUCUCCGUACCUCGUCCUUCACCCGUCGUUGUUACGGUCGCCGAACCCGUUACCCCUCGGGUCUUUAAGAGAGCAUCAACUUGUCCCAAGGGCGGCGUCUCCGAUGAGUCGCUUUACAACACGCCCUUUCACGGCGCUGCUCUCGCCAUCAUCUUCGGCGUCUCUUUUCUCGCCUGCGCCCUUCCCGUCCUCAUGACCCGCUUCCCCACGAUUCGACUCCCGCCCGUGUUCUUCUUCGCCGUCCGUCACUUCGGUACCGGAGUCCUGAUCGCCACGGCUUUCGUCCAUCUUUUGCCGACCGCUUUCAUCUCGCUCAGCAACCAGUGUCUCGACAGCUUUUGGACGAAACAAUAUCCCGCAAUGCCGGGCGCAAUUGCAUUGGCGGCGAUCUUCAUGGUUACCAUUGUCGAAAUGGUCUUUCAUCCCGGGCGACACGUGCAUCACGGACUUCACGAAGAGGGCCAUGCUUCCGGUGCCGCCCAUGGGCAGUCGAACAACAACAACAACGACGACUCUAUCGACCCCCUUUCUCGCCUUCCUAGCAACGCUCGCGCCCCCGACGACACCACCUCCAUCAACGCCAACAACCUGCCCUCCCGCCCCAAGGGCGCCCUCCGCGGCCGCGCUCACUCCAUCGGCCGCCGUCUCUCCCACGUCUCCCGCCAAGGCCAAGACCCAGCCCAAGACCGGGACGCCGUCCUCCCCGCCUUGCCCUCCGAAGAUAACCUCAACGCUUGCACCGACUCGGCAACAACCCCCCAAUUCAACAAGGAAAUCUUCCAAUCCGACCUGACCCUCUCCUCCCCUACUACACAACAGCUCGAAUCCCAGCUUCCCGAAGGAUACCUAACCGCCGAAAUGAAGCACCGCAAGGAAACGAUGCAAUGCGUCCUUCUCGAGUGCGGUAUCUUGUUUCAUUCCGUUUUCAUCGGCAUGGCUUUGUCAGUAUCCGUCGGCACCGACUUUGUCGUUUUACUCAUCGCAAUCGCAUUCCAUCAAACCUUUGAAGGCCUUGCCCUGGGGUCGAGAAUCGCAAGUAUUACUUGGCCUGAAGGAUCGAAGCAGCCGUGGUAUAUGGCUUUGGCGUAUGGAUGUACGACGCCUGUUGGACAGGCUAUUGGACUGGCUACCCAUCGGUUGUAUAGUCCGGAGAGUGAGGUGGGAUUGGUGUUGGUGGGGACUAUGAAUGCUAUUUCUAGCGGAUUGUUGGUUUUUGCUAGCUUGGUGGAAUUGUUGAGUGAGGACUUUUUGAGUGAUGAGAGUUGGAGGACGUUGAGGGGACGGAAGAGGGUGGGUGCUUGUGUGUUGGUUUUUCUGGGAGCGGUGGGCAUGAGUUUGGUUGGGGCCUGGGCUUAG